UUUUGCAAACUUGGUGACACUGAAGUCAAUAAUGAAUUGAUUUUCAUUUCUAUAAAUUUUUUUUGGAAAAAAUUAGUAAUGAAGAUUUAUUAAUUAAUGUAUCUAUUAAUUAAUGACAUACUUUGAAACUUAAAAUUAAAGAGUGUUAGAAUACCAAGAAAUUAAAGCGAAUUAUUUCAUUAUAGAAAUAUACGAAAAACAACGACUGCAAGACAAGUGAAAAGUACGAAAAAAAAUAAAAAAAUUCUUCAAAAGGCAAAAAAGUAAAAAAAAACACUCAUACGCCUUAAAGACAGCAGUAGCAAAAGCAACAACUACAACAUUAAGGAAGAGAUUAAAACGCGAAAAACAUAAACGAUCAUCGAGCAAACGAAAGAAAAUAAUAAAAAAAUAAAACGAGAAAAUCCAAUAAAGCACUGACUGCAGCUAGACACAAGCAGUUCCGGAGACUUAGAGACAAAAGGCAGGCAGGCAAUCAUCACACAUAAACAAAAUAGAAACACAAAAUAAAACAAAAAGUCUCGAAUCAAGGCCAGCAUUGUGGAAAAAUAAAACGAAAUAAAAUAAACAAAAAUUAGCCGACAUUAAUUGAAAUUUAAACGAACCUACAGCACAAUUGGCAAACAAAACACAUACACAGUGAGCAGAGGGAGCAGACACCGGCUUAGUUUGCAAAACACACACAUCGCUAGUGGAGGCGUUUGACGCAGCCACUCAGCUGUCAAUGUCCGGUAAUCAAGCACAAGCCGGCAAUAAUGUCGGUGUUGGCGGCGGCAGUGGGGGUAGUGCCGGAGGUAGCGGCGGUGGUGGUGGUGGAAGCGGUGCCGGUAGCAGUGGUGGCAGUUCAUCGCAACAUUUACUACAUCAGCAACAGCAGCAGCAACACACACCACCACAGAUAAUAGCUGGUAUUACUGCUGGUACGACAUCAACCUCUACUAUGGCUGUGGCUGGUUCUAGUUCAUCAGCAGAUGCCCUCAAUAUGGCAGCUGAUUCUUCACCGCGCGAGUCGGGUGACGAUUCGGAAGAUGAGAGUGAAAUUCUCGAAGAAUCCCCCUGCGGGAGAUGGUUAAAACGUCGCGAGGAAGUCGAUCAGCGCGAUGUCCCCGGCAUCGAUUGUGUCCAUCUGGCUAUGGACACCGAGGAGGGUGUAGAAGUCGUCUGGAAUGAGGUGCAAUAUGCCAGUCUACAAGAGCUAAAGUCGCAGGAAGACAAAAUGUGUCAGGUCUUUGACAAUCUUCUACAAUUGGACCACCAAAACAUAGUCAAGUUUCAUCGCUACUGGACAGAUACUAUACAUCCCGACCGGCCGCGCGUUAUCUUCAUAACGGAAUUUAUGUCGUCUGGUUCUUUAAAACAGUUCCUUAAACGUACCAAACGCAACGCUAAACGUCUACCCCUAGAGGCCUGGCGCCGUUGGUGCACCCAGAUUUUAUCUGCGCUCAACUAUUUGCAUUCCUGCACACCGCCCAUCAUCCACGGCAACCUAACCUGUGAUAGCAUUUUCAUCCAACACAAUGGUCUCGUCAAAAUCGGCACCGUUGUACCCGAUGCGGUCCACUACAGUGUCCGCCAUCAGCAGCACAAGGACAUCGAGCAGGCUGCUCAGCACUUUAUCGCCCCCGAAUAUGGUGCAGCCGAACAGCUAACUGCCGCCGCCGAUAUUUACGCCUUCGGCAUGUGUGCCCUUGAGAUGGCCGCCCUCGAGAUCCAAAAUAGUGCUGGUGAAACCACCACCAUCAAUGAAGAGACAAUAUUAAAGACAAUUAAUAGUCUGGAUCAUGAUUUACAAAGGGAUUUAAUAUUUAAGUGCUUGAGGAGAAAUCCAUCCGAGAGGCCAAAUGCCAAUGAUUUACUCUUUCAUCCGCUACUAUUUGAGGUGCAUUCAUUGAAACUACUGGCUGCCCACUGCUUAAUAUUUUCACCUAAGAAUCGUACAAUGUUUUCGGAAACAAUUAUAGAUGGCAUGAUGCAAAAAUACAAUCGUCCCGAUGUGGUAAUGGCUCACAUUCAAUGUGUGAGUAGUAUAGAAGAGGAUAUGCCACAACAGAAUACGGAUACGGCUGCCACAACGCCCGAAGAGCAGGCAGAACAACAGCCACAAAAACAACUAGUACGAAAAGUAACAAUCAAAGAGUAUACGUUAGUGGAUGUGCCAUCCGCCGAUAAAUUGGAAAAAUUUGUGGAGGAUGUUAAAUUUGGUGUUUAUCCAUUGACUGCGUUUAGUGGCAAGAAACCGCCACAUUUUCGUUCACGAGCUGCUUCGCCGGAACGUGCCGAUUCUGUGAAAUCCGCCUCGCCGGAACCUGUAGAUAUUGAAUCACGUCGUAUUGUCAAUAUGAUGUGUAGUGUAAAGAAAAUAAAGGAGGGCAGUAGUGAUAUACUCAUGACCAUACUACUGCGCAUGGACGAUAAAAUGAAUCGUCAGCUGUCGUGUGAUGUUAACGAAAAUGAUACGGCCUCCGAUUUGACCCAAGAACUGGUGCGACUGGGUUUUGUGCACAUAGACGAUCAGGACAAGAUACAAGCAUUGCUAGAGGAAACCUUGUGUAGUACAUUUUCCGAGGGUGGAGCAGCAUUUGGUGAAUAUGGAGCUCAAGAGCGUACAUUUAGUGCUACAAUAAAUGAACCCAGCAGCGGCGGCAGUGGCGCUGGCGGCGCCACAACCAACAAUGCGACAAGCAAUAACAAUAACAUUAGUAGCAACAAUAACAAUAAUGCCAUAACUAUAACAAAGACAUUACCAGUCAAUCCUAGUGUGACAUCCCUAAAUCAAAUGGAAAGAAAUUGGUCUAUAGCCGAUUCUGAUGCGGCCGCUGCCACGGCAUCGCUAAUGCUGCAAGCACAAAACCAAGCACAGCAGCAGCAGCAACAGCAGCAACAACAACAAAUGCAGACAACAGCUUUAACAUCUCCCAUGCCACCAACUGCGGCCGCCGCUACAGCUUUGGGUCUACAAGGUACGGUGGCAGUACCUAUGGUUGAUCCAUUGGCUGGUCAUGUUAUGUAUGUGCCACAUGAGCAAAUACAGCAGCAGCAGCAACAACAGUUCCAACAACAACAGCAACUACAGCUACAACAGCAGCAUCAGCAACAUCAACAACAGCUACAACAACAGCAGCAACUGCAACAUCAGCAGCAACAUCCCCAACACCAACAUUCUCCUCCGCAACAUCUACAACAGCAGCAAUUACAUCAACAUAUGGACCCCUCUAUGGUUUCUAUGGAUGUGGUUGAUAAUACAACUAGCCAUCAUCAACAGCAACACCAACAGCAACAUUACUUAAAUCCUGCUGUAAAUGCCUCUCCUAUUCAUACUAACUUUCAAGCUUCCCCUUUACCUUCUGCAAUACCUACUAACACCACCACUUCAACCUCUUCAACUACAACUAUCAAUUAAUAGCCUUUAAACAAUUAAAACAAAAACAAAACCAUAUUUUCUUUUCUAUUAUUUAUAGUAAAAAAAACAAGUUGAAAUCAAAACAAAACAUGAUAAGAAGAAAAAAAACGAUAAACAUAAAAAGUUGAAUCAAUAGAAAGGUCAAAAGGAUUAAAUGAAGACAUUACAUAAAACUCUAGUCCUUUAUGGUUCUUUUUUUUAAAAAAAAAUAAAACAACUUAAAAAAAUGUUUAAAAAACAAGCACUCUUUUUGUAAAACGUCCUGUGGAAACAUUCGCCGUGUAUUGCCACCAUCAAAAUGCCAUGUUAUAUGAAAACAAACGCAAUGAUUCCUAAUUUUAAGCCAUGAAAGCGUAUAUACAAUUUAAAUCCUCUCAUUUCUCUACUAACUGCUGCAAUAACGAAUGAUUUCAACAACAA